AUGAAGGCCGUCUUCUUCUCGCUCGUUGCCGUCGUCGCCGCUGGCCUCGCCUCGGCCUGCUCGCCUCCCUCGAGCAUCUCGUGCGGCUACAACACCUGGUCCUACAACGACCUCCAGACGGCCAUCGAGGCCGCUCAGUACGACGCCUCGAUCGGAGACUACCCCGACAACUACCCGCACUCGUACUACCAGUACGCCGACGAGGGCAUCCAGCUGUGCUGCAACUCCAACGGCCCCUACUCCGAGUUCCCCCUGGUCGACAACGGCCCGUACUACAGCACCUCGGACAACUACGUCUCGCCGGGCCCCGACCGCGUCAUCUACGUGACCGCCACGGGCGAGUACUGCGCCACCGUCACCCACACGGGAGCCCCGACCAGGAACGGCUUCGUCCAGUGCUACUGA